AUGGUCCGAGGGGUUAUGUCUCAAUACGAUGCUUCUCAUGAUUUUCAUCAUGUGGAAAGAGUGGUGAAAAUGGCCAAAUUUAUCGCACACAAAGAAUUGGCUUUACCUUCCGAUGUUUCAACUCUUGAUAGUGCACAUUGCACUUCUGUUGCUCCUUCUAUUUUGGAAAAAUUACAAGUGAUUGAAUUGGCAGCUUAUUUACAUGAUGUGCAUGAUCAUAAAUAUGUAGAACCCAAUCAGAAUGGUACUGUUGACAAAAACAAGGCACAGCGAGCUAUUGAAGAACAUUUAUCACAAUUAUUGGUACCAGAAGAUAUUAUUGAAAGAGUUCAAUAUGUUGUGGACAACAUUUCAUAUUCAAAGGAGGUGAAGAGAAUGAAAGAAAAUAAGGAAGAAAAAGAUGAAUUGCCAAUUGAAUUGAAAGUGGUUCAAGACAGUGAUCGAUUGGAUGCAAUUGGAGUCAUUGGUGCAGCACGUUGUCUCGUGUUCAGCGGAUCUAAACGAAGAGCCAUCUACAUUCCUGAAGAAGAAACAUUCAUUUCAUCUUGUCACUCCCCCAUUGAACUUUUUCAACAAAAACUUGCAUUGAAUCCAACACCAACUGUCUCUGCCACUGAUGAUUCAGCCAUUCAACACUUCUAUGAUAAACUAUUUCAUUUGGAAAGCAUGAUGAAAACAACAACAGGAAAAGAGCUUGCCAAGAAACGUGUACAACACAUGAAAACGUUCAUGGCGGAUUUAUAUGAGGAAUUAUACUUUGAGAAUUUACAUCAAUGGCAACCACCAUCCUUGACCUCGCCCCCUUCUUGUAAUACUAACACUAGCAUUAGCGAUUCAUUGGACGACCUUCUCGAUGAGUCGUUCCUGAUACUACCAACGACCAACGGCUGCCAUUCGCUCACCACCUCAGCUCCAAAUAUGCACAUUGGAAACCACUUCCUGAACUGGAACAACCAACACAACCACCAACCACUUGGCGCUUUUGGAGGGAAUACAAACAUGCUAAAAGAAGACAUUUCCUCACUGGUCUAUGUGUACUUACCCAGGUGUUCUUUGCCCUUAUUAAUUCCACGUUACUCCAUCUUCCAAACGUGGACAGAGCAACUCACGACAGAAACCACUCGAUUGGCUUUGAAAGAGAUGACACGAGCUCAUUAUCAUCAAUUUGUUGGCAAACAGCAGCAACCAUCCAAUGAUUAUUCAGAUCAACCAUUACUCGAUCUGAACUCACUCUUUCAACAUGGCUUAAUCAGCGUUCAUACUAAUUCGCUACACUCGAACUCAAGCACGACACUCACUUGCCCAUCGGUUUAUCUCGAUUUAGGUCUAAGCAAUAUUUCCGAUUCGAAUAAGAUUGAGGUCGAGAAGGCCUUCCUCUUUGCUCAAGUCGUUGAGAAUGGUCUGAGAAAUGAAACUUCCAUUCUCAACUCUGCCUCAUUCACUGUGAAUGCCAACAACUUGGCCAUUCAUUGUUUAAUUAAUUUGUGCGUGUUGGGAUCCACGUUUAGAAAAUCUAAACAAUCCGUAACUGCUGCUUCCUUCUCAGCAUCUACGAAUCAAGAAACAGACCAAUCUGCAUUGGAUUUACUCAUUCGACAAGCAUUGAGUCAAUGUGAAACUGUCAAUCAAAUCAUUGUGAUGCGAAGAACUAUUGAGAAUUUGCAGUAUCCACUCAAUCGAGGACAAUGGAUCACUAAAAGGACCUCUCCUCAACUCUUUCAUUCGACGAAAAAGUCCAUUCUCGAUUACAUUGAUGAAAAACUGCAUCGAAGUUUUUUCAAACUCUAUGAAUUGAAAGGAGAUUAUUUGGGAUUUUUAGGAUUCUCUUCCAUGAAUGCUCUUCUUCAAUCCAAUGCGUUGGUUAUUGACGCUUCUCAAAAAGAAAUUCAGUGUUACAAGGCAUUGAGACAAUUUCUUCUCUUCAAUGGAGAUGUUAUUCGAAAAUUGAAGAGUUUGAGUGAGAGUUCCAUCGCUACUAAUAGCAAUAGUACAUUUGCAUCGAAUGUCUUGGAGGCACUGUUAUGGAGCACACUGGAGUCUACCAGUUCAGUAUUGGAGCAACCAUUAUUGAUGAAUAAUACCACCAACGCAUCUCGUGAAUUGGCCAUUUACAAUGAAUGUAUGGAUGGUCGUGAUUACACUCAAAUUCCUUCUCUGAGUGCUCUCAUUGAAUUCAGUCUCUGUGUUUUGAUUUCCCAAUUGAGAUGGAAUACCUUCUUACUAUUUGAUAAGAUCUCACUUCUCUUCCGUUUAUAUAAUGAGUUACAAUUGUGUGGUAUAGUGACUCAUUUCGAUUUCAUUACCUUCUACAAGGUCAUUGAAUAUCGUUUGAACGAGCAAGAAGCUUGCAUUGAUCGAAAAGUUCGUUCCUUAAAGAAAUCUCCAGCGUAUGGUAUGAUGAGUACGAAUAUGAGAAGUGGCAGCUCUCAAGGCAAUGAUGUUCCAGGUUAUCCUUCACAAAUUCACAUCUUUUAUGAUUCGGAUGAUCAGAAUUAUGCUCAUGCGUUGCAAGAAGUGAGCUCGAGUGGUGUCUUGCAUCGUAUGAAAGAACUGUUGAGGUUUGUUAAAGAAGUUCACUCAUUGACAGCAGCAACAGCACAUCAUAUGGAUCAUGGUCAAUCCAAUUCAAAGGAAAACAGAAGAGAAAUUGAAGUGAGUUUUGAUCUUGCACUCUCCUAUGAUCAUGUCAUGUCCAAAUUAGAAUCCUUAUUAUGCCAACAAACUCCACAUUCUUCAGGUCCUACCACACUCCAUAAUAUUCAAACCAUUCUCAAUCAGCAUAACGAAUUGGAGAGUAACCAAAAUGUGAGUGCUCUCAUGAACUCGGCUCCCAUCACUCAAAUCGUGCAUCAGCUCAAUCUCUAUCAUGAUCGAAGAAAACGCAUCCAACACGAACAACAACAGAAACUUUUAGAACUGGAACAACAAAAAAAGAAGAGAACACGAAGAAAGAAAUCCGUGGUCGUGUUUGAGGAAGAGAAUGGUACCAAGGCGUGCACGGAGGGUGUUCCUUCCUCGAGUAGUAGUAGUAGUUCCACGAUGAAUAAUUUUGUAUUUAGCUCAUCAUCCCAUGCACAACAACAACAGCAGCAAGCAUCUUCCUCAAAGAAAACCGUUACUAAGGGAAGAAGAAAAUCUUGUACCUCAGUCUCAUCAUCGGGAGGCAAUAUGAACUCGUUUACAUUUAUUCAGGAAGAUGGCAAGUCGACGACGAGUGCAUCCAAAUCAUCAUCAUCAAAGACUGCAAAGAAGAGAAGAGCCAGUGUUGUUUCUGCCACUUCCACUGCAACUUCAUGCUCUCAAGCAUCAUCCUCUGAUCAUUCGGUUACAACGUUUUCGGAUUUGAAUGUAGAUCAAGUUGUACCACCUUCUGCUGUUUUGAAUCGUUCACAGCCUUACAUGGCUAAACAAGGUCCACCAUCAUCAUCUUUUGGAGUCAUGAGCACGAGUUAUUCCAUGUCGGCAUCAUCCACGUUCCAUAAUUCUUCAUCAAGCCAUCAUGGAGGCCAGAAUAGCAAUAUGGGUUAUUCUAUCAACAACAGCAACAACCACUUGUCAACAUAUCCAAACAACAACAACAACAGCAAUUAUGACUUCAUGACCAAAUUCUCUCAACAAGUGUUGGACGAAGGGGAAUUUUCGUUUGGAGAUUACACAGCAGAGGAUCCAUUAAUGUUGAUCCAUGCUCAACCUCAAUCCUCACACGCCUUGACAUCUCACUCUUCUGUGGGUCAUUUCAAUUCAAUGCUGGAGCAGUUGGGAGGAGAAUUGGAUUGGAUGAAUUCUUCGACGAAUUUGUGUUGUGAGGAGUCAUCUAUUCAAUUAAUUGAGAAUGAAUUUUCAGCUCUUUUAGAUUUUCCUUUGACAGCCUCAACAUCCACUGCUUGUUUUUAUAACGAACUGCAACAAGAGGAGUCAUCGUCAAGCGCCUCAGAAGAAUCGAGCGGAAUGAAGAAAAGAAAACGAGGUGAGCAAAAUGAUUGUUGUCAAGGACCAUAA